AUGAAUACAUUACUACCGGUUACUAUUUUGUACGUCCUCGUCUUCCAAUGCUUCGACUUCAUCAAGGUCGAAGCCACAGAAAUAUGCUUCUAUCGACUUCCGAAUUCUACGCGAGUAGCGGUGAGCUGUAGCGAUGCUUGUUGUACAACGAUGGGGGUGUCGUCUGAUACAACCUGUUGUUCAACUAUUUCAUGGGGUUCGAUUGCAAUUCCGUUUUUUGUAUUUACUGGUGUCUGCGUCCUCGCUAUUUGUAUUCUAUAUUGUCGGCCAUUAUGGAAAACAUGUUUCUGUGGGCAUAAAUGUCCUUGUAGUCAUCGUUCUCGAGUAACUACACCUACUCCAAGUCCUACAUAUGUAAAUCCUGUUUAUAUAGUGAAUAAUGAUGAUUUGCCAGAUUAUGAUACAAUCAUAAAAGACACUUCCAUAAAGGACGGAAUACCACCACCUUACACGUUUGUCACAACACAUCCGGGUGAUUUCGGUAUUGAACCAAGGGCGCCAAGUGCACCGCCUCAGUAUCAUUCCAGACGUAGUUCACUGUCAACUUCACAUCCAACCGCUCCUGUUGAACCUUAG